GCAUCAUUUCUAUACCUGGCGCAGCAAGUUUAUGUGGUUUUAUUUCUUCAGAAGUUCCUAUUUCUGAAGAGUAUUAUAGCUGAAGAAGAAGACAGGAUUACAUAACUUGUCACCUUGGGAUUCAGCAAAGCAAAAUGAUUCUGAGCAAGCUAUGUACCUUGCCAGCAUAUGGCUUGGGUGGGAAGUAUAUGUCACUUCAGUUUGUUAACAGUCUUAAGAGUGGGCUCCAAAGCUCUGCAAAGCUCUCAUUUGCAAGAACUACAAAGGUGCAGGAGUCAACUCUGAAGAAUGUAUUUAAUGGCGGUGUGGCGCGCGCACUUCGUCAGGCCUCCAGCAGCGCCGCCAGCACCACCACCGAGCUGGCGCCGUCGGCCAGGAAGGCCGUGGGCUAUUGGCUGAUGGGCUGCACCGGCAUGGUCUUCGGAGCCGUCAUGCUUGGCGGUGUGACCCGUCUGACCGAGUCGGGCCUGUCGAUGGUCGACUGGAAGCUGCUGGGCAGGUCGUGGCCGCAGUCGGAGAUCGAGUGGCAGGCAGAGCUGGAAAAGUACCGGCACUACCCCGAGUUUCAGCUUAAGAACAAGGACAUUACUAUGUCGGACUUCAAGUUCAUCUGGCUGAUGGAGUACGGUCACCGGAUGUGGGGCCGGCUGAUCGGCGCUACCUUCGCCCUGCCGGCUGUCUACUUCUGGACAAAGGGCUACUUCACCAAGAGUAUGAGGCGGCGCGUGCCCAUCUUCGGCUCGCUGAUUCUUCUGCAGGGCCUGAUGGGCUGGUACAUGGUGAAGUCAGGUCUGGACCAUAAGAACUUCGAAGGACCAUCCGACGUCCCCCGGGUCUCUCAGUACAGGCUGGCGGCGCACCUGGGCGCGGCGCUGGUGCUCGCCACGCUGUUCCUCUAUAACGGCCUGGACCACCUGAUACCAGCCCAGGUGGUCAAGGUGACCUCGUCCGUGCGCCGCGUGCGCAUCAUGGCGCACGUCUGCAAGGGGUUCAUCUUCCUGGCCGCCUUCUCAGGCGCGUUCGUGGCCGGUCUGGACGCCGGUCUGACGUACAACGAGUUCCCGCUGAUGGGCGGCCGCCUGGUGCCGACCGACCUGCUGGCCUACGAGCCCAAACUCUCCAACGUGACAGAGAACCCGACCACCGUCCAGUUCAACCACCGUAUGCUGGGUAUGACUGUAUUUGCGCUGGUCCACGGUCUCUGGUUCGCGACUCGUAAGGCCAAGCUGCCACCGAGGGCCUACACUGCCGCCAACGCCAUGCUCGCCAUGACGUACUUACAGCUGACGCUGGGUAUCGCCACGCUGCUGCUGUACGUGCCCACCCCGGUGGCGGCGUCCCACCAGACGGGCGCGCUCACCCUCCUCUCGCUGGCUGUCUGGAUGACGCACGAGUGUAAACUACUGAAGUACGUGCCAAAGUGAGCAGGAGAACCAGCAGCUCUCAGUGCCAGUGAAGUCUUCAAGCAGGCGCAGUGCGGGUUGGCGAAGUGAUACAUGUGCGCACUACUGUGAUGAUCAUGAAAGAAUGUGUUGCGAGUUGCUGAAAUUUCUUGUUUGUUAUUGAAUGUGCAGCAUUGUGUAGAGGAGCCUUGAGGUUGGUUUUUCCCUGUAGAUAGUGCUAAAAGCAGGCAUGUUAUUUGCUUUUAAACAUAGUUUUGUAAUGUUUGUGUUUUUGACUGUGCUCACUGCUUAUGAAUAACAUUGAUGAGGAUUAUGCUUUGUACAUCAGUGUGAUUUACCACUGAUUAGGUAUGUUUCCAUGACCACAGUGGAUUCACAAUUGAUGUGUCUGGCUAAAAUGGUGUAGCAUGACAUUUGACUGUCGGGUCUUCACCAGCUUGGCAUUUUGUGAUAGAACAAUACAUGUUAUUUCUAUUAA